UCCGUGUAAAAAAAAUCCACCCUAUAACCGGUGCUCGCCCAGAGUAGAAUUUCCACUUUAAUUAGUAUUAUAUCUUUCACUGGAUAAUUACGAUGUUGUUAUCGUUGCUGCAAUUAUCUUGACAGAAUUUUCCAGAAGUCUCACCCGUUCCUUUGACCAUGGAUACCAACCCAGAGUUUUCCCCGCAAGAACAACCUCGAGAAGGUGACGUGUCCGAAUCUCCAGAAGACGACGAUGAUGCUGCUGUAACCACGACGAUCCGAGAAAGAGGUGUGAAAAGCUCUGGCACAUUUAGUUUCUUGGCAACGGGCCGAGACUUCCAGCCAGCUGACAUCAGCCAUCAGUACACAGAACAGGAGAAGCGAUUCCUUGGCACAUUUACUAGUUUGGAUUAUCUGCCAUCUCACAGCAAUGUCUACAAGAACUGGCUGAAAAGACAACGAAGCUCAAGGUAUCAGGUCCAUCGAUGGCUUCUUAUGGGGAUCAUUGGUUUCACAGUUGGUUUCAUUGGGUUUGUCAUGCAUCAGUUGAUCGAACUCAUCGCUGAUGUGAAAUGGACCAAAGCCACCGAAUACAUUGAGAGUUCUGAUUAUGUUGCCGCCUGGGGGUGGUCCCUUGCCUACAGUGUCCUGUUUGUUCUGGUUAGUUCCAGCACCGUUGUGUUCCUUUGUCCAAGUGCUGGAGGCUCAGGAAUUCCAGAAGUAACCGGAUUUCUUAAUGGAACCCAUAUUCCGAAGAUGUUCAGCUUGAAAACAAUGAUUGUCAAGUUCAUCUCCUGCGUUUGUGCUGUUGGCUGUAACAUGCCAGUUGGUCCCGAGGGACCCAUGAUUCAUUUAGGGGCUCUGGUAGGGGCCACUCUCAGCCAGUACAACAUCAGGAUUUGCAGUCAGUUUCACAACCCUGAAGAUAAGAGGAACUUCAUAUCUGCUGGUGCCGCGGCUGGAGUUGCUUCCGCAUUCGGCGCUCCAGUCGGUGGCCUGCUCUUUUCCAUGGAAGAAGUGUCAUCAUUCUGGACGACGACGCUGUCUUGGCAGAUCUUUUUCUGUUGCAUGGUGUCCACGUUCACCACGGACCUCUUCAACUCGGCGCUCACCCGGUUCACCUAUACUGGAGAUUUUGGGUACUUUAAGAAGGAAAGGUACAUUCUCUUCAGUAUUGCAUACGGCAUAAACGUGAACAUCCUGAUGUUCCUACCAACGCUGGUCAUCGGAGUGAUUGGGGGCAUGUUGGGAGCACUGUUCACAUUCAUCUCCCUCAAACUCACUCGGACCCGGAAGAGGGUCCUGGGACACAUGAAAAAGUUCACGGCCAAAAUUGUGAAAGUCCUCGAACCAGCAUUUCUGAUGUUAGUGAUGACAACUGUCUGCCUAUUUGCACCUGCCCUCUUUUCCUGCAGCCAAUUUACCUGUGCAGAAGGUCAGCCGAGCAACAUCAGAUACAGCUGCAAGAAUGAUUCCAGAACUGACACCCACGUUGAGUCAUCUGUAGCUCGGUACCAUUGUCCUCGUGGUUCGUCAUGGAGUGUCUCAAACACGACCUACUACACCAACGAGACAUAUAACGAAGUUGCAACCCUUUUGUUCUGGACUGGAGAAGAUGCUGUCAAACAUUUGUUCUCUCGAGAAACGCCAUUCGAGUUUGGUUACGUCUCCCUCUGUUCUGUCUUACCAUUUUAUUUCUUGAUGGUAUGCUGGGCAUCUGGAACAGCUGUGUCUGCCGGAAUCCUAGUGCCAAUGCUUUUCAUUGGUGGAUUGUAUGGCCGUACGAUUGGCCGUGUGUUAAUCUCCAUCCUGGUCAGCUCCAAGUCAACAGACGAAGGAUACUGGAAUUGGAUGGACCCUGGGGCCUUUGCCCUCAUUGGGGCCGCUUCCUUCUUUGGUGGCGUAACGCGUCUCACAAAGGCUGUCACAGUUAUCAUGAUUGAACUGACAAAUGACGUCCAGUUUCUGUUACCAAUCAUGGUAGCUAUUAUGGUCGCAAAGUGGAUCGGUGAUUUCUUCACCCAUCCCCAUUACCAUUCGUUACUAGAGUUGAAGUGUAUCCCAUUCUUGCCACCGGAACCACAAGUCGUCAUCGACAAGAAACUAAUUAAUCUCGAUCUUUUCAAAGUUUCCGAUGUCAUGUCUCAACCCGUAAUUAUUGUAAAAGAACGAGAAUCGGUCGAUGUCCUUGCUAGACUUCUCCGAGAGACUCAGCAUGGAGGCUUUCCAAUUGUCAGGACCAAGGGUAACGUGGAUUCUUCAUUCUGUGGAAUCAUUACUCGGCAAGAACUCAACGUUCUGAUGUUGCAGGAGGAAUUGUUUGAGAGUACAGACGCGCAGAAUGAGUUGUAUGACGUCACUUUAAUAGAAUACACCGAGUUACGUCCAGACAGAGCAGGCCAACCUCCUGGUCUGGAAGAGAAGCUUAAGGCUUAUGUAUCAAACCGACAAUAUACACAGCUUUUUGUGGACUUGAAACCGUACAUAAACCAGUCCGCAAUGUGCAUUCCUGAGAGAUUUUCCCUCUACAGAACAUACAUAAUUUUCCGAAGUCUCGGAUUGCGCCAUCUAGUAGUGACCGACGACAAAAAUUCUGUCGUCGGCAUGAUAACCAGGAAAGAUUUAAUGGACUUCAACCUGGUCGCAAAAAUAUCCAAGGUCUUGAACCGAGAAAUACAAACUCUGGAAAUAGGAGUUCCUCUAGAAGUUAUCUGACCGAUUCCUACUUACAAGGAAUUAAUACCGUUUUUAGUAUUAUUACUAUUAUUAUUAUUAUUUUUUUUUAUAUCAUUUUUUUUUUUUGAAACAUAUUUCCUUGCUUCUUCCACAAUGAACUGCUAACGAAUCUAUUUCUUAAUUAACUGUGAUUUAAAUUUUGAGGAAGAACGAACUAAAACCAAAAAUGCCAAAUGUAUUAUAAAACGCAAGUGGGACCACGGAGUUGACUAUACUUCAAUAACAAUAAUAAUAAUAAUAAUAAUUAUAAUAUUAAUUGUUAUUAUUAUAUCUGAUAGCUGUGCAGAAGUCAGUCAGCUACACACACACACACAUAUGCAUGCAUAUAU